CUUACUCUCUCGCCUGCCGCCUCCCGCCGUGGUCUUCUUCGGCCCUCAGCCAUUUCUCCCGCCUCCCUCUUCGGCCCGCAGGCAGCUGAACUCCGGCCUGAAAGCCACAUGGAAGAAACGGGCGUCUACUCUGAGCAGACUUCUCUACAGUUUGGGGCAAAUGAAAGCGAUCAGAGGCCGCAGUCCCCCACCGGAGCCCCCAGGCCAGCCCCUGGCCACAGGGGGCUCGACCCGGUGGGAACAUGCCACCUUUCGACCCAACGCCGCCCCCCGACGCCAUGGUGCCAGGGAAGUCGGAGGACCAGGAGGACCUGAUGCCCACAGAGCGGAAGUCCACGUGGAGGACGGCCGAGGAGAGACGCCUGUCCGACCUGACGCGGGUGCUGGAGUGGCUGGAGCGGAGGCAGGGCAAGAAGCAGGCUCUGCAGAAACACGCCAAGGUGGUGGAACCCCCCAAAGCCCAAGAGAAGGAGAAGGAAGACAGGAAACCCAAACUCACCAAGAAACAGGCACGAGAGGGCGGCCGAGUGUCCUUCUCGGAGAAGAACCCGGAGCCAAGCCCCAGGAAGGACAAGGACGCCGUCACGUACCGAAGGCUCUACGGAGUGGAGGCCAAGGGAAGACGCCUGAGCAUGGUUCCCGGCAACUACAGCAAGGACGGCCCUGGGAAACUCGUUGCAGAGAUGGAGACCAAGGACUCAGCUGCCCCAGAGUCCACGCAGCGGUCACUGCCCUUCACCCGACAAAGCCUAGUGGAAACCAUGUUGCAGGACACUGUCUACACCGGACGGAAGUCGAUCCUCCUGAGAGACUUGAUAGGCAAGAUCCCCGAGUCCUCCUACGAGCGCAGGCUGAAGAGCCUCAUAGACAGGGGCGCCGAGCCCAAGGCGGAGACCGUGAAGAUCCUGAAGCCGGAGGAGGUGCUGAGCUGCCGAUACCUGAGGUUGUCCAAGAACAACAUCCGGACCCUGCUCAAGCUGUGCAAGGACGCAGGUCUGGUGGUGGACAUCCACCCCCACAUGGUCGAAGCAGAGAUUGACACCAAGAAGGUGUUUGCCACAAACCCCAUGGUGGCCCUCUGA